AUGAAACUCCUCCCCAGUCUCGCCCUGCUCAGCUCCACAGCAGCAGCAACAUCCCUCCACCUCAGCAUCAGCCCCUCCUCCGCCCUCCUCGACCCCUCCGACCUCCCUGCCUCCACCCACGCAACCCUCUACGGACCUUCUGGCCACCACUCCCGCGUGCCCCUCCGCAUCGACAAUACAUUCCUCUUCCCCACCCUCAGCACCGGGGAAUAUCUCCUCGACAUUUACUCCAGAGACCAUGUAUUCCCUUCUCUGCGUGUAGAUGUUGUGGACGCUGUUUCCGCUCUUCCAAUCGCCCAACCUGGUGAUGGAGAGGCUGCGGUGGUUGAGAAGCCAGAUACAGUGGUGGUGUAUCUUACACAUCCUGGCAAUAAAUGGAGUACUUUGGGAGCGAAGAUUGCGUCGUCUUCUGCUCCUUUGUCUUCUGUGGAGGAAAUCGUCAGAGUUUCUGUUUCAUCACAGGGGAAAAGAGGUUUUUACGAGCAGAGACAAGGCUUUGAUCUUCUCAGCUUUUUCAAAAAUCCAAUGAUUUUGAUGGGAGUGUUGAGUAUGGGAUUGGUGUUUGGAAUGCCUUAUUUGAUGGAGAAUAUGGACGAAGAAACAAAGGCCGAAUUCGCAGAAAUGCAAAAACAAGGUCCUAUUGCUGGAAUCGGAGGAGCCCAGACACAAAACACGGCACAGCAGAUUCAAAACUUUGAUCUUGCUGGUUGGAUGGCUGGGAAGAGUGAUGCGAAGAAGUAG